AUGGAGGAGAAACACUUGAAGCAAUAUAUUCCGUGUAGUGAUCGGUAUCAUAGUACUUGUAUAUCCAAUCGACCCCUUUUCCUCGUACAAGUCACUUGUUUCGAUUGUGGAGGAAUUGCGGUCGGAGUUUCUUUUCUGCAUAAAAUUGCUGACUUGGCGUCUGUGAUGGCGUUUAUGGGUGCAUGGGCCGGUGCAUGCAGAGGCGAAGGCGGUGAUGAAGUUUCUCGAGUUAGUUUCAAUCUUGCCGACUUUUUCCCUGCAAAGGACAGUUUGGGCUCUAACGACUCGAGAUUUCCCGAGUCGGACGAGAAUUUCGUGACAAAAAGGUUCGUGUUCGAUAAGGAAAAGUUGAGAGCUCUUAAAGAAGCCGCUAUAAACCCAUCCGGGUCAACCACGGUCAAGAACCCUACUCGAAUCGAGCUCGUCUCAUCUUUCAUAUGGAAACAUUUAAUAGACUUCUCCAAACAUAAAAACGGCGCGAAAAGACGCAUCGUUGUCGGUGCAUCGCAUGCGGCCAAUCUAAGGCCAAGAAAGAAUAUUCUCGAGAAUAUGUUCGGCAACUGCAUCAUUAUAUCAUCCGCAUUCACCGAUAGUGCUAACGCGAACGAGCUUCAAGAACUCGUGGGCAAAUUGAGAAGGUGUAUAAGGAAAAUCAACGAUGAUUACAUUACGGAAUCUCAAAGUGGAGAUAGAGCUUUGAAUGAUCUUCAAGAAUUGUAUGUGGGUGACGUUGAUGAAGUUGGUGACUUUAAUGAUGUAUCUGAGUCUGAUGUGCCUGAAUUUGAGGUUAUUGGCAACAAUAUGUCUUUGAAUCAUGUUACUAACAUUUUUGGUGAUAGUGAUGGUCUGUUUGAUGAUACUGAAAGUCAUGACUUUUUAGUUGAUAGUGAGUUUUUUGCAUAUGAUGAUGAUUUCAAUAUGAUAACAAUGUUGAUCAUGCGGUAG